AUGCCCGAAACAGGUUCACCGACCGCUUCGGCUGACGUGGCGAUUGUAGGGGCCGGUGUCGUUGGCUCAACGCUAGCACUCGCGUUGCACCGGCACCUCAUCGAGCCAGGAGCGCGCAUUCUUCUCGUUGAUCCGCGACGUGCACCGGCUUGGCAACCUAUCAAUGACACAGCAGCUGGACUACGCACUGUGGCGAUCACACCGGCUUCGCAGAAGUUUCUCGCGUCGCUUGGCGUAUGGGAACGCCUACCGCAGGGGGCCAUCACCGCGUUUCCAACACUGUUCGCGUAUGGGCGCUCAGCGCAGGAGAAAAUCACUUUUGAUGCCGCGGAUUGCGUCGGGCGCCUCUCCACCGAGCCACCAGCGCUGGGAUAUAUCGUCGAAGAAACCGCACUGCUCGAGACGCUUCACCGGUGUCUAGAGCGAGUCGCUGGCGAGAAGGAGCCCACCGGCAACGCCAGCGGUCGAGAUGGAACCAGUUCAGUCUCCGGUUCCAUAUGCUGGUCCAGAGCCUGCUUCGAUACCCUGACCUGGCCAGCAUCCCAUCCCUGGGCACAGUUGCAUCUCUCUGAAGCGGAACAUCCACCAUUCGCUGUGGCCGCUUCCCUGGUGAUUGCAGCUGAUGGCGCUCGCUCCAGAGUCCGCCACCAGACCGAACUAACCUGGAUAGGGCGUUCAUACCAUCAGCGGGCAGUGGUCGCUAUUGUAGAGAAUCGCGAACCCAACCUGGUGGCGAUUCAACGUUUUCUCCCGAGAGGCCCGCUGGCAAUUCUCCCCAUGGGACAGCAUGGCAUGUACAGCAAUAUCGUCUGGUCCACGAAUGAAUCCGAAGCGGAUUGGCUGGAGACUGAGGCCUCCGCCUCGCAGUUUCUCGAUGCAACGCAUGCAGCGCUACAUCGAGUGAAUGUCGAUGGAGGCCAGCACGCUCCGUAUCGUCGCUUUUUGAGCCAGAGCUCGUACCCGAUCGAUAGGCGAAGCUUCCCCGUAGUGCCCAGUUUUCAACGACUGAUCCCGAGUCGAACGGAUGGCAGAGAUCGUUGGUCGUUUCCACUCCACUUUGGGAGCGCUACUGGAUACGACGCCAAUCGAGUCGUCUUAGUGGGUGACGCCGCCCAUGUCGUUCAUCCGCUCGCUGGACAGGGCGUAAACCUGGGGCUUGCGGAUGCGCAGACGCUUGCUCGUGUUUUGAAACAAGCAUGGCAAACGGGACGGGAUAUCGGCGAUCCAAGCGUCUUGGCUGUCUAUACUCGAGAGAGGUUGCCUCUGAACACGGCGAUGUUAGUGACGCUUUCUGCGUUGCGUCGCGUUUUUGCCUUUCCGACCCGAACACGAGGACUCGGAUCCACUUUAGCAAGCAGUUUUCGCGGUCUAGGAAUGCAGUUCAUUGAAAGGGUGGCACCGCUUCGAUCCUCAGUCGUGCGCAUUGCCACAGGUGAACCAUGGUUAUGA